UACAGUGAAGAAGAAGACGAAGAAGCAGAAGAAGAAGCAGAAGGGGGAGAGAGGUACCACUUUGUCACAGGCUGCUAUGUAGAUUAACCUUUCAAUUAGUUGUUAUCCGGUCCUCUCUGUCUCAACGCGAGCCUUUAGUGUAUCCUUUUAGAGAUAAAACAUACAAGGAAAACCCCCUAUGGAUGUGCCACUGUGAGUGUUUCUAUCCGAUCGCCGUUUCCGUCAUCCUGAUAAUGAAGAGGACUGUAUCUGAGAAAAAACUUGAGGUCGUUUGGUAACUGUCCCAACCUUCAAGGAGUGUACGUUCUGGCUACUGUCGUCGUUGUCUUUUGUGAGGUGACGUGAGUUACUACCUUGGAUGAGGAUUUACAGCAGGAUUGUAUGUAUUGAUGCCGACCUGGAACCGUACCUUUUUGUUGUUGUUGACCUUUUCAAGAUGUGUUGGAUGUACCAAACGUUUCACAACAAGGGGGAAUCUCUAUGGGUCAUUUCUUCCUGAAUCUCAUCGAUUUAACCAUGGUGAAACUUCCCAAUCCUCUGUAUACAGAGUGGAUUCUAGAAGCAAUACAGAAGAUCAAAAGGCAAAAACAGAGGCCUUCUGACGAGCGGAUUUGUCACGCGGUGGCUACUUUACACAGAUUGGACAAGCGGACCGUUCUGGAACAGUUGGAUUUAAGUGUUCAUGAUGGUUCCAUUCUCAAAGUCACCAAUAAGGGGAACGUGUCGUACAAAGAUCCCAAUCACCCUGGGAGAGGAUUAUCAUCAUCAUCAUCAUCAUCAUCAUCGCUCAAACCUGUAAGUGCAAACCUCUCUAUUCCGUCGUCUAAAGGAUCUAUAUGGAAGCCGAGUGACCUACGCCACGUUGAUUGGAAUAAAGUCCUGAGGAGGGCCAUCGAGGGUCUGAAUGAUAGCCGUGGUUCUUCUCUGAAGAGCAUCCAGAGGUACCUAAGGAACCAGGAUGAUCCAUCACACGUCCAGGACAACCCAGGGUUCCAGCAGAGGUUACGGCUGGCCGCUAAAUGGGCGGUCAAAAACGGCCGGCUGGCAAAGGAUGGUCCGCGCUACAGGUUGAACCAGGGGGUUAAUGGAGCUGAGGGUAGGAGCCAGAGGUGUCCAGGUGCUUCCCCAUUGGCUCUUCUGUGUGUCACUCUUCUUCCACAUGAGAGAGACCAGCUACGCGCUGACCCCAUCCCAAUAUGCAGUUUCUGUUUGGGAACGAAAGAGUCCAAUCGGGACAAGAGGUCAGAGGAGCUUCUGUCCUGUGCAGACUGUGGAAGCAGCGGGCACCCGUCUUGUCUGAAGUUUUCCCCAGAGCUGACCACUAACGUCAAGAGAUUGCGAUGGCAAUGUAUAGAAUGUAAAACAUGUAGCUCCUGUCAAAUACAGGGCAAAAACGCUGACGAGAUGCUGUUCUGUGACUCCUGUGAUCGGGGGUUUCACACGGAGUGCUGCGACCCGCCUCUCUUAAGGACGCCAACAGGUACCUGGGUCUGUCAGGUCUGCAGGCCCAAGGAAAAUGGAAAGACAUUUCUGCAUAUGAAAGCCGAUCAGAUCAAACGUCGAUAUGCAAAGCCAAUCGGGAGGCCCAGAAAUAAGCUCAAACAAAGAAUGUCUGUAAGCAGUGGUGAUGGCUCCAUGCUAGCCCGGGGAGGAAGGGGGUCACCUGGUAGGGGUCAAAAGCUUACCGUCUGUUCCACACCUUCAUCUGGUCAUGCAGCAUCUGUGAAGAACGCCACAGACAGAUUGGCUGUUGCUACAGCUGACCCCUGUUGGGCAGGUGACUCUGUCACUCCCCCUCCCCAAUUCACCACCUCCUCCUCCACCCUCUCCACCACUCCCCCCCUCACGCCCACCUCGUCCUCCUCGUCCUCCUCCUCCACCCCAGCAGCUAUACUCACCGUUAACAAGAAAACCAAAGGGCUUAUCGAUGGGCUUUCCAAAUUCUUUACACCCUCGCCUGUCGGUCGUAGGUCGUCGCGAGCCGGCGAGAUCUUAGACCCCUCAGCCUCGAAAGGAUCACAGUCUUGUUGUCCUGCUAGGAAAAAGCCUGUCCCUCCGCCAGAACUAUGGAAACUAAGUCAAUCUCCGUCAGUUGUUGUUGGCAUGGCUGCAAAGCAAACCACCACCACCCUAUCUCCCUGUACACUCCCCCUUUCUCCCCCACCCACGUUGGCUGGACAGGGCUCCACCACCUCCCAGGUAUUCUCCACCUCUGCUAACUCCCCCCCGAGUUCUUCCAGCCAGUCUAGCGUCCCCUCCCUUACUAUUUUGUCUGAUCACAACCAGCUUAAGGGACUCUUUGACGGACUCUCCCAUAUCUAUGCCACUCAGGGACAGUCUCGGAAAAAGGGACUGCCUUGCUACGCACCACCUAAGCGCAGGCACCAUAAGGCAUCCAAAACGUGUCCUCUCAUUCCCCAUCCUUCCCAGCAGCACCUUGGAAGGAAAGAGAGAAUAAAGAAUCGGUUGCUGUUGUUGUCCCAUUCAUCUCCUAACGCCUCUUCCCAUCCUGGGCACGGCCGGCCAAGGGGGCGCCCCUUUAAGUUGGUCAGUCAUUUCAGACGUAACCCCUUUUUUAGAAAGCACAGAAUGCUAGGCAGGCUAAGAUGUAGAAUGACCCCUCAGAAGGGAACCCAGGAAAUGACCCCUCAGAAGGGAACCCAGGAAACACCAGGAAAGGGAGACAUGACAGACGAAGGAAGAAUUAAGACAGAGCACCACCAUGGCAGUGAAGUGGGGCUGAGGGUGAAGCAGGAACCUGGCUUCGUAGCGGUCUCCAGGGAACACGUCACAGAGGAAGACGUGGAGAUAUUCACACAGGUCCAAGAGAUCUCGUCGCAGAGAAAUGGAACCAUGACCAUCACUGACUCUGGACGAUUCCCUGCCUUCAUAGAGUUUGGGAAGUAUUGUAUCCAAACCUGGUACUCUUCGCCUUACCCACCUGAAUACUCAAGAUUGCAUACACUUCACCUGUGUGAGUUCUGUCUGAAGUACAUGAGAAGCAAGAACAUCCUACAGCAACACACCAAGAAGUGUGGCUGCUUUCACCCUCCGGCCAAUGAGAUUUACAGGAAGGACGACCUUUCAGUGUUCGAGGUUGAUGGAAAUGUCAGCAAGCUCUUCUCAAACCUCUGCCUGUUAGCCAAGCUGUUCCUCGAUCACAAGACCCUAUAUUACGACGUGGAGCCUUUUCUUUUUUACAUACUAACAAAGAACGACGACAAAGGCUGUCACCUUGUGGGUUAUUUCUCCAAGGAAAAGCUUUGCCAGCAGAGGUACAACGUCUCCUGUAUAAUGAUCAUGCCUCAGUACCAAAGACAAGGCUUUGGAAGGCUCCUCAUUGAUUUCAGUUACCUUCUCUCGAGGCAGGAAGGACAAGCUGGCUCCCCAGAGAAGCCUCUGUCAGAUCUGGGUCGCUUAUCCUACCUGGCAUAUUGGAAAAGUGUCAUGGUGGAGUACCUCUAUAAGCAGCCAGAUAAACACAUCAGCAUUAAAGGAAUAAGCAAGGCCACCGGGAUGUGUCCACAUGACAUUACUUCUACUCUCCACAACCUCCGCAUGAUUGACAGACAGGACGGCAGGUUUGUGGUGAUCCGAAGAGAGCGAUUGAUCCAGAGACACAUGGAGAAGCUGCGAGCCAGCCCCAGGCUGAACCAGGUCGACCCUGACGCCCUGCACUGGACCCCCGCUGUGGCCCUCAACUCUGUCCUGUCUGAGGAGGAGAGAGAGGCUGAGAUGGAUGCUGAGCGACUUAAGGAGCAGGCUAGUUGUUGGGAGAAGGAGGAGAGAGAGGUGGUCCACCUGAUGACUCACCCUCGUCCUCCCACUAAGGUCUACAGUAAGAAGCCCUGCAGAACCUACCAGCGUCGCCCCACCGCCGGAGAACAAGGCUUGCACGUCUCUGACGAGUGCAGUGAGGACGAUGAGGAUGGUUUUGAUUGGUCGCUACCCAUCCUAGCGAAGGCCCACGCCGUACUUGGAGACAAGAGAAAGAGAGAUGAGAGAGCUCUGGUCCUCAAGAGGAGAGGUCAGGAGAGGAGAGGGAGAAGUAGCAGUGUGACAACUGAGACCAUCUCGGAGACGACGGAGGUUCUGAAGGAACCGUUUGACAACUCGUCGGACGAGAGGCCCAUGCCCCUGUUGGAGAGGACCUGCAGGGUGGGAGAGACGGAGGAGGAGCUGCUUAGGAAACCAGUAAAGAGACGCAGAGGUCGUCCACGGCUAGAGAAAAACAUGUACAGAGACAAUCACUGGAACGAAGGGGCCGGUGUGCUAGUGAAGAAACCGGGCAUACCUCGAGCAGUAAAGCGCAAGAAGGGCUGGCCCAAAGGAGUGAAACGGGGGCCUCCAAAAUGGCGUCUGAAGAAGGAGAGAAAGAUGGGAUUCAAGCUGAACCUGUACACACCCCCGGAGACGCCGCUGGAGGCCGAGGAGCCCCACAUCCAGGCUGAAGAGCCCAAGGAGGAGCUGGACCAGGCCUCUCCCAUAACGGAGGCAGGGUCAGAGCCCCGCAGAGGCCUGGCCAGUCAGGAGAUGGACAAGAAGAUAGCCUUGGAGCCUUCAGAGCCCCAAAGUUCCAUGGAGGAAGAGCGCUCCCCUGGGGUGUCUCCUGUGACUUCUCCCAUGGCCUGCUCUCUGGUAGCCUCCCCUAUAGCCUCUAGAGCUAGCUCCCCCGUCUGCUCCCCCGUCAGCUCCCUCAGUCGUGACAACAGUCAGGAGGUGUCAGAGCCACCAGAGGAUGACCCACAGGACAAGGAGCACGGGGCCUCUCCAUCCCCCUCUCUGUCUCCACCCAAAGAGCUGAAACACAGCACUGAACGAUCAGCUGUAGAGGAUGAGGCCACGCACCUGGAUGCGGACGAUGAAGACGAGAGUCACAUUGAGUCGACAGCAGAGCCAGAGAAACACGGAGACGUGCAGCAGCUGGAGCCAGGGCCCUGUAAAGAGCCUCCUAAAGCCCAGUCCUACAUCACACCGGCUUUUCUCCAUCUGAACCGUGAGGAUUCUGAACGAUGUCAGGAGGAGGAGUCUGUAGUUGUGGCUUAUAGGUGCGAGGAGGAGCAGCCUGCCAACACCGGAGAAGAGAGAAGCAAACAUAUCCAGGAACAGGCACCUACAACAUCAGCAGUAGCAGCAGUAGACUCUGACCACCCCGUUGACUCAGAGAGCAGCAGUCAGGAGGCUCCUCACCAGCCACAGCAGACACCGAACGCUAGAGAGAGGCUUGGAGCGCUGAGUCCUACUGUCGUACUAAGAGACAGAGAGGAGAUGGAUCCCCCGGUGUACCCUGAGCCUGACGUGGACCAGGAGAUGGCCCAGGCUGUACAGAGCCUCACCCAGGAGACGGCCCAGGCCGUACAGAGCCUCACCCAGGAGACGGCCCAGGCCGUACAGAGCCUCACCCAGGAGACGGCCCAGGCCGUACAGAGCCUCACCCAGGAGACGGCCCAGGCCGUACAGAGCCUCACCCAGGAGACGGAGCGCGACCCAGAGACAGAUAGCGUCAGCUCGGUGUUCCACCAGGACUGUGUGGAGAGAGAGACCCAGGAGGCGUGCCGGAGCCUGCAGACUUACACCCACCACGUGACCCCCCAGAGUCCCCCUCACACCCUAACUUCGUUGGACGAAGGCUGCCCCCAGUCUGACCACAGCAGCCCCCUGUCCUCGGCCCACACCCACCCCAGCCAGUCGGUGCGCUCCGUCAGCAGCCCGGCUGUGUCCAUCCUGGAGAGUAGCGGAGGCAGCGGUCCGGCUGUGUCCAUCCUGGAGAGUAGUGGAGGUUACACCCAGAUCAGCCCAGACCACGCCUCCAUCUCUGUCCCCUCCUCCCUCCACAACAUGGCAACCAGCCCCAUGAUGGAUGUGCCGUCAGUGUCAGACCACUCGUCCCAGCAGGUGGUGGACAGUGGCUUCAGUGACCUGGGCUCCAUCGAGAGCACCACAGAGAACUACGAGAACCCCAGCUCCUAUGACUCCACGCUGGGGGGCAGCAUCUGCGGUGGGGCCGGGGGUCCCUCUCAGAACAGCUGCUCCUACGGCCCCCUCCCCCCUAGCGGCCUGGCGCAGAGCAGCUGUGCCGUUAGCCAGCAAAUGGCGGGCGUCAACCCUGGCAGCUGUGGUAUGAUUCAGCAGAAUAGCCUGAGCUCCCCGCAGCACUGCAACGUCAAGUCACCACAGGGCUGUGUGGGAGUGGUGGAGAGACCACCGAGUCACAGUCAACACAGUCACAGUCACAGCCAUACAAUCCCACACAAUCCCCAUGGCCAUACUAGGCACACAAUCACUCCACACAGUCUGCCUCACGGUGCGCCACACAAUCAACACAGCCAGCUAACGCAACACAACCCAUACACACACCCGCAUACACACCCUGCACACAGCCAGCUACAUAGUGUACGACACAAUCAGCUCAGCCAGCACGGUCAACACACCCUUCACACUCAACACGGCACCAGCCAGCACAGCCACUGUCAGCAGCAGACGAUGGCACAGUGUGUCAUUCCCACCAACUUCACAGUGCCCAUGCAGCUAGCUGACAGCCCAGAUUCAGGCAGCUCCAACCUGAGCAGCUUCUACGAGAGGAUAAACCAGGAGGGCUAUAGCAGCGGUCAUUACUCCCAGCCCUCGGCCACCUUCAGCCUGGCCAAACUACAACAGUUGACCAACACCCUGAUCGACCACCCUCAUUCUCUGCCUUUCAACCACCCCCACUCAACCUCCCACCCCAUCACAUCCUUUACUACAAACAGUGCCUCCCUGUCAUCGCACUCUCAGCACUCUGGCCUGGUGUCUCUAUCCCAGUCCCCACAUCCCCAUGGCCCCCACGGGGCCACUCCUCACCCUGGGGCCUCCCAGGUCCAAGUACAGGCCACCAUGACCCCCCCUCCGCCAUCCUCCCACCCCCUUAGCUCCCCUCAGAUGAUGCUGCAACGCAACGCCAUGGGUAUCCCCAACAUCACCCCCUCCCAGAGGACUCUACAGGCUCAGAUGGCCUCCGGGGGACACAAGUGCCCCACACACAUCUCCAUGCGCUCCAAGUCAGCGGCCCCUGGUCACUCCGCCCACCAGCAGCACCAGCAGCAGAUGUACAGCCAUGCCCACGGGGCCCCCCAGACAGUCACCAUGCAGGCCCCCUCGUCCCGGACACUUGCUGCCAUGCCCAGGGGCAUGAACUUGGGCACGGUCAACAUCAUGCCAGCCUCCUACAACCACGCUGUGAACAUGCCCACUGCCGCCGCCAUCAACCACGCCAUGAAUGGCUACCGCGUCAACGGUGGUUACCCCGGCAGCCAGAUGUCGAGUCAACAGAUGGCUGCGGCCUACAUGAACCAGUCGCCCGGGUCCCAGUACGCCUCUAUGCAGAUGGGCAUGAUGGGAACGCAACCAUACCCCCAACAGCCCAUGCAGGCUCCGCCCCACGGCAACAUGAGGUUCUCUUCAGCCGGUCACCAUGGAUACAUGACCAACACCGGAACUAUGUCCAAGCAGACACUCAAAGGGCCUUUCAUCAGACGGUAACCCACGGUUACUAACCUAACAGUUAACUAACAGUUAACGAAACGGUAACUACCGACAGACUGAAUCAAUCUGACUGGAUGUUUAAAUCACACAAAUGUGCAUUAUUAAUUAUUAUUAUUAUUACUAUUCGUCCCUGAUGCACACAUUUGGCCUUUUUGGUUGUUGAUAAUGUUUGUUUGUUGUAAUUUUGUUAAUAGUUACUUAAAAACCAGCACUUGGAAAGAAUGCAUCAAGUUUGAUCAACAAGCAAACUUUCUACAAAAAGCUACUAUCUAUAUAUGUCAAAGUAUUUUUGUUCCUAACAGAUGGGAAGCCUUACGUCAUAGAGAUGAACAUUUAUUUAAUUAGUAUUAGUUUCCCUGAUCAGUCCGUAGGGCAGGCAGGGUAGGGGGCCAGGGGGGAGACGGGCGCGAGAUUUCAUCACCGGGAGGGAGAGCGUGAGUGUAGUUAUGUAGCAGCCUCAAAACGAAGCCAUCUAAUGUGCCUGCUACAAACAGAUUUCAACUAUUGGAUAUUCCUAGAACCUGUUCAGUGUACCUGUCUAACAGUGCUGACAAUUAGUUUGUACUAUACUCAUGCCUUUGUAUAUUUAAAUUAUUGUACUUAUUUUGUAAAGUGACAAUUAGCAUGCAUCGGUCUUCAUUAGUAACAGUGCAUUGAGUAGUACUGUACAAGUGUUGUGCUUAAUAGCAGACAUUUUAAAGACAUUUUAAAGACAUUUUGGCCUUUUGUUAGGUUCCCUCGCUUACAAAGCGGGGGAGAAAGAUGAAACUAUAUUUUGUUAAUUCUAAUAAUAAUGUAAAAAAAAAAAUUGUCAACUUCUUUAAUCCUGUUCUUCUGUACGGUCGAGAGGUUUUAUUACCAUGUAUGUAUAAUUCUGAAGUCUUUUGUAACAGAUAUCUUUGAGGCAGCUUUCUGUUUUAUAAUGCAGAAGACUUCUGUCAAGAUAAAUAAGCAUAUUGCACCCCUCACUCUGAUUUUGUUUUUAAAUUUCAGAGGUGUACCAAUGUCGAAAAGUGUUGACAUAAAAAAUAAUAAUAAAGAAAUAUAAAUUUAGUCCAAAGUUGAUAUUUUACAAUUUCUUUAAAAAGUUACAUUUUCAUUCCAUCUGUAGAUUUGUUUUCUAUCUUGAUAAAAUGUUGGAUUUAUAUUUUACAAAGUGUAGGAGAAGAGAGGAUGUAAAUAGACCAAACUAAGCUGACAGAUUGCAUGUAAAAAGCCACUUGUAGUUGUGUUUUUGUUCAUAUUGCUCUUUUGUAGCCUUUGUACCUGUACAGAAUGGCUGGUAGGGACAGUCACAGGGGGAGACCUGGCUAUGUGCACAAACAAUUGGACAGAAUGACAGUCUUGUAUUUAUGACUUUUCUCCUUUGGCAGUCACUUAUAAAUGCUGUACAUUUUAGCAUAAAAUAAAUGAUGAUUGACCAUG